UCAUUAGCGGUAGCAACGAACAUGGAAACGGGACAAUCCGACCGUGGGUUACGGUCGGAAAAGUGUAAUGACAAUUAAGAAGAGGCGGAAUAGGUUUUUGUUGUGUGGUAGUGGAUCAAGUGGUACAGUAUCACCAAGAAGUUCCCCUUCCAAUUCUUCAAGUACAAUCAGCACCAGUUCAGGAUAUGUUAGUCUAAGGUUGGGCUUUUCCACCAGACUAAAAAUCUUCUUUCGUAGAAUAUUGUCUCGUUUUCGUAGCAAUAGAAGAAGAAUUCAUCCAAAGCGUCAAUCUAGUAUUUCUUUGAUGGAAGAUCACUCAUUGUCUAUCAUCAUGGAGUUACCUGAACACUCAGAAUCUUCACUCGUUUCAGGAACACAGAUAGCACCAUCCCCACCACCUUUAUCUUCUGGUGUACAGAAUAUGAUCAACCAAUUAAGUGAAAAACAACCAAUGAGCUGUUCUUCUAGAGGUAGCGUUCAGUCAUUGUGGUCUGAAAAUGAGAACGUGUCACCAACGGCUGCAGAUUUGUCUCCACAACCUCCCUCCAUUAGCAACAUGUUUGAUGUAGCCAACCUGUCUCCUGAAGCCCUGGAGAAAACCCUUGUUAACCAGCAGAUUAACCCAUAUGAUGAACAUAAAGAAGCAAGUUCAGAAAGCAUGGAGGUCAACAAAGCCUACUGUAGGAAUGAAAAUGCAAAACAACGAGAAAAACCUAUGAGUCUGAUAUCCUCAACAGCAUCCUGUGAAUUACCUGGUGCUAUGGGUACUGUGGUGGAGAAAACAAAUUGCUGCACGACCACAGUGAAGAUGGAGAACAGGACAGAAAGCAAAUCUGUCCAAUUCCAAAACAAUGUCAUAGUGUAUCCAAGUCCUUCUGGUGUAGUGGACACUAACUCAAGCAGUGGACAGAUGACAGUGGAAUGUCUGUCUGACCUCCGGUCAGAGGGACUCCGCGUAGGCGAGGACUGUAAGGCUAGGAGACCAGCCACACCUGGCAAACUUCUCAAUGAAGGGGAGACAACUGCCUCCCAACCCCUGACGCCUGCACCUAUGAAUGAAGGAAAGAAAACAGUCUCUCCACCUCAGACAUCCACAUAUGUGACUGUGAAAGAUCCAGAUUACACCCCUCGUACUCCACGGAACACUGUAAAACCAGAGAGUGACAAAGGAAAGACUAACACAUCUUUACCUCAAUGUACAGCUAGUAGCCAACAGACCAAGACACUGAUUGAAGAGUCUAAAGGAGAUCUCUAUGUUAAAGAAGUUGGAAAUAGUUCUACCUUGGACAAUGACAUUCCCCCAGAAGAAGUGUGUGCCAAGCGCUCGUGGAGUAGAUUAGAUCUUUCAACUUAUCCAACAAACGAUGACUGCUUCAGAACAAGUGAGAAAGUUUUGUCUGGCGAGGAAAGAAAUGAGAAAGUAAGGAAGAAUAUGUCUGACGUCAAUGUUGUUGAUACUGACAGGCAGGAAUUAGAGGAGAAAGCUAGGCGACGAGCAGACAGGAAGAAAAGAAAAGAAAUGAGAAUGGCUGCUGAAGGUUACAUAAAAGAACAAGAAAACCUACCUCAGGAGGAGAAACGUAAAUUAAAAAAAAAGGCAAAAAAGAAAAACAUUCAAAAGAAAACAGCAAUAAAUAGUGAAGAGCCAGCCGGCCAAAAGGAAUACAGACACCAGAGAGUAAUGAGAUUGGAGGCAGAGAGAGACACAACAAAUCUCAAUGGACAGGAAGGUAGCGAUGGUACUGUCACAUUUGAAGAUAAACUACUACACUGGGAAAAAAUGAAAACAACAGGAGACAAUCGCUCACUUGAUGGUCAGGAGGAAACAAACAAACCUGCUAGGAAAACGAGAACAAAAAAGAAGAAAAACAGAGAACUACCAGCAGCUGGAGAUGAGGGUAUGGGUACUGAGAAAGCAAAGAGGAAAGAAAGGACACACAUGGAGCAUGACGUGAAUAAAGAAGAUAUCCUAGGGUCUGGAGAAGAGACUGGUGAGUGCAUAGAGCCUAUAGAACAUGCAAUGCAUCCACACAAAAAGCCACAUAAAUACAACGAAAGCAGAUAUAGAGAAGACACUGUUUUAAAGCACAGCAGUGAUGAUGAGAUACACACUUAUCAUGUAGACCAUUCAAAGAUUUAUUGUGAAGACAAUUCCAAGAUUGGACAGGCAGAUUCAAACUUUCUAGAUGAAAUUGGUAAGGAGAAGCUCUCUCAAGAGGAACGAAGAAAAAAACAGACCAAAAGGAAAAAAAUGAAAGAGGCCAUAGCAGCAGGAAAUGAACACUCGAAUGACAUGAGGAAGGAAUAUCCAGAUGACCAGGUUAUCACUCAGAUGAGCAGAGAAGACAAUGAUUACCAGAGGGAACAUGUUACUGAUCAAGACAAAAUUGAGGGGAUGCAGCAGGAAAUUGCAGAAAUCUUAGGUCUGUCAUCAAAUUCAGACCAGGCACAAAGAAUUAAACAUAGACGAGGAAUGGUCAACAAAGAUACCAAUCACAUUUUCAAGGAUGAGCAAGGAUGUGAAAACAGUGGAAACCAAAAGUCUGAAGAUUUCGAAGCACUUAGAUAUGAAAGGGACUCAGCUAUUGGUUUCCAAAAUGAGAAAGGUAAUGCCAAAUCAAAAAGUAAACUCAUGAAUUUUACAUGUGGGGAAAGAAUCCAGCAACAGAAGUCCAGACAAAAGAGAAAAGUCAAAAACUUAAAUGACGAUCAAUUAUCCAGUGCAGUUUUUACUUCAGAAAAUCCUAUCAUCCAUGAUGGAUACCCUGUAAUUACAGAUUCUGUCUCUCCUCAAACGGUGAUGAAUGAGGAUGUUUUAGAUGUAAAUCCCAUCCCUUUGACAUCCAGUUAUGAAAGUAACGCUCCUGUUCAAAGUGAAUCAAAUAAGAAGUAUGUUCAUGCAGGAGUGGGACCAACACAUUCUGAAGAUGUUUCACAGAAAGCUGUUCAUGUGGCCAAAACCAAACCUGUGACUGUUGCUAGUGGAGAAAGACGUAGAAAGUCUUCAAACAAAAACAGGGACAACCGAGACAAUUCUACAACUGAUGAAGUGAGCUCUACAUAUGUUAAAGGGCACAAACAGUCCCCUGGUGGUCAACACAUUGGUCAGCAGUACUCUGUUGACCACCAACAUGUCUCUUUAUAUCCAGAGGAAGAAGAAGAUGACCACACAGUCAACUUCCACAAAGAUCUUUCGUCCCAAGUUUCGACAUGGGCACCUGGAAACCAACCCAGGAUGCAGGACAGGGUACAAACUGCAGAAAAUUACUUGCUGAUGGCAAAACAGGACAGUUCAUUGGAAACACCAGGCAUUGGUGGAAACAGAAAGGGACAUUUUAAUGAAGAAGAUAGGGUCACCCACAGUUCAUCAACAUAUCCAAGGGAGAGAGAUGCCUCAAACCACAUCAACAUUACCACCAGAGAUGGUGACCUUCUACCUACAGCGCCUACUUCACCAGAAAGUGACGAGGAUAGACAGCGCGAACAAGUGUCAAGUCAUCAGGAUGUAAAGGAUCACUAUCUGUCAAUCACAGAACUAGAUCGUCCAAGGCCGGUCGGAUGUGAUGUGGAUAUAGAUCUGGGUCGAGAGAUGAAGCCUGGAUUAGAAUCGGCUGUCAGGAGGAUGAACCAAUUGGGGUGA